AUGGCAGAAACGCCCACCAAAGAUCCCAAAGAAGAAGGGGAUGACAAUGAGGCAACAACGUCAUCGCCUGCCAAGAAAGGCAAAGAGUACCAGUUCCGCGAAGGCCUCGUCGUGCCGGAUUCAGUGGAUCCUACGCUCGUGACGGGCGACAUGGUCGACAUGUUGAACCAGUUAUCGGAUGAAAAAGUCAAUGGCGCGUUGGAGACCUACGAUACCCAGAUCAAAUUGAGGGGUUCCGAGAUUCGCAGUCCUCGAAAUUAUCUUCGUGGUAUCUUGAAGGGACUGACGGGAGGACACCCUGGCAAGUAUGGGCUUCCCAAUGGCGUCGUUAUCCCCGCAUCCAUCACCAAGGAACUUUUGGAAGAGGGCGAACUUUUGGAUAUUCUUAAGACAAUGUCGGUUCGAGAUAUCAACUCGUGUUUCCGUGACUUUGAGGAACAA